AUGCGCAUUCACAAAGUCUACCAUCGCUUCUCCAUCCUUCACAUCCCCAAGCAGCCACUCCUACUCUCCUCAUCUCCUCACUUUCUCUCUCUAAAACCCACGCUCCGUCCUCCUCUCAAGUUCAUCAGACCUUGCUCUUCUUUUUCGUCAGUCGUCCGAGCCGGAGGGAUGAGAUUCCGCAGCAUCGCGCCCGUCAGCGCAGCGGAGGGCGACGGCGGCUCUAACGGCGCUGCUCGUUCUUCUCCCGCGGUCGUUGAUUACGGAGUCUACCAUUGCUUCUCCAUCCUUCACAUCCCCAAGCAGCCACUCCUUCUCUCCUCAUCUCCUCACUUUCUCUCUCUAAAACCCACGCUCCGUCCUCCUCUCAAGUUCAUCAGACCUUGCUCGUCUUCUUCGUCAGUCGUCCGAGCCGGAGGGAUGAGAUUCCGCAGCAUCGCGCCCGUUAGCGCAGCGGAGGGCGACGGCGGCUCUAACGGCGCUGCUCGUUCUUCUCCCGCGGUCGUUGAUUACGGAGAUUCAAAUGGAUAUUGUCUUCCCCCACCGGAGAUCAGGGAUAUUGUUGAUGCUCCACCGCUUCCAGCACUAUCAAUGUCUCCUCAUAGAGACAAAGUACUAUUCCUCAAAAGGAGGUCAUUACCUUCUUUGUCAGAAUUAGCAAGGCCUGAGGUGAAGCUUGCCGGUAUCCGGAUUGAUGGAAAAUGUAAUUCCCGGAGUCGAAUGUCAUACUAUACUGGUAUUGGAAUCCACCAGAUAAUGGAUGAUGGUACUUUGGGUCCUGAAAAAGAAAUAUAUGGCCUCCCCGAUGGUGCUAAAAUCAACUUUGUCUCGUGGUCAAGAGAUGGCAGCCAUUUGGCCUUUGCUGUACGGACCGAUGAGGAGGAUGGAAGCAGUAGCAAGCUAAGAUUAUGGGUGGCGGAUAUUGAAACUGGAAAUGCUAAAUCCCUUAUCCAGGCUCCAGAUAUUUUUCUAAAUGCUGUUUUCGAGAACUUUGUGUGGGUAAAUGACUCAACCUUGUUGGUUUGUACCAUUCCUCUAUCACGCGGUAAUCCACCUAGGAAACCUUUGGUUCCCCUUGGUCCUAAGAUCCAAUCCAAUGAACAAAAAGAUAUCAUUCAAUCAAGAACCUAUCAAGAUCUUCUGAAAGAUGAAUAUGAUGAAGAUUUAUUUGAUUAUUAUGCAACUUCACAACUCGUUCUGGUAUCUCUUGAUGGGUCAGUGAAUCCAGUUGGGCCUCCGGCUAUAUAUACAUCAUUGGAGCCAUCUCCGGAUGAUAAAUUCGUUCUGAUUUACUCAAUGCACAGACCAUAUUCUUUUACUGUACCUUCUUCGAGAUUUCCCAAGAAAGUUGAUAUUUGGACAGCCGAUGGGAAAUUUGUCAGGGAAAUUUGUGAUCUACCACUUGCCGAGGAUAUUCCUAUUACACAUAACAGUGUCCGGAAAGGAAAACGUUCAAUCCAAUGGAGAGAGGACAAGCCGUCGACGCUUGUCUGGGUUGAGACACAGGAUGGUGGUGAUGCCAAAGUAGAAGUCUCUCCACGUGAUAUAAUUUACACAGAACCUGCAGAACUACAUGGAAACGAGCAGACAACAGUUCUGCACAAACUUGAUCUUCGCUAUGGAGGGAUCUCCUGGUGUGAUGACUCCCUUGCCUUAGUUUAUGAAUCUUGGUACAAAACACGAAGAUUACGGACAUGGAUUGUAUCACCUGGGAGUGAGAAUGCAAAUCCACACAUAUUAUUCGAUAGGUCCUAUGAAGAUGUUUACUCGGAUCCUGGUUCUCCCAUGCUCCGGAGAAACUCUACGGGCAAUCACCUGAUCGCGAAGAUCAAGAAAGAAGCUGAUGAAGGCACAUAUCUUUUACUGAACGGAAGUGGUGCUACUCCUCAGGGGAAUAUUCCAUUUCUGGAUUUACUUGACAUAAAUACAGGCAACAAGGAACGUAUAUGGGAGAGCGACAAGGAGAAGUACUACGAGAAUGUCAUAUCCCUAAUGUGCGAUCAGGAUGAAGGGGAUAUUCGUCUUGACCAGUUAAAAGUACUAACUUCCAAGGAAUCCAAAACCGAGACCACGCAGUUUUAUAUAGUGAGUUGGCCGGAGAAGAAAGCAAGCCAGCUUACGAAUUUCCCCCAUCCAUAUCCUCAGCUUUCUACAUUAACAAAGGAGAUGAUUAGGUACCAGAGGAAGGACGGGGUUCAGCUGACCGCGACCCUAUAUCUACCCCCUGGCUAUGACCCUGCUAGAGAUGGGCCCCUCCCGUGUUUAAUGUGGUCAUAUCCUGGAGAAUUCAAAAGCAAAGAUGCGGCUAGUCAGGUGCGUGGUUCCCCGAAUGCAUUUGCCGGCAUUGGUUCGACUUCUCCCCUUCUGUGGCUAACAAGAGGGUUUGCUAUCUUAUCAGGACCAACAAUUCCCAUAAUUGGAGAGGGUGAUGAAGAAGCAAAUGAUAGGUAUGUCGAGCAACUUGUCGCGAGUGCAGAGGCUGCAGUGGAAGAAGUUAUUUGCCGAGGAGUGGCUCAUCCAGACAAAAUCGCUAUUGGUGGCCAUUCCUACGGGGCCUUCAUGACUGCAAAUCUCCUAGCUCAUGCACCCCAUCUUUUCUGUUGUGGGAUUGCACGUUCUGGAGCAUAUAACCGGACACUUACACCAUUCGGCUUUCAGAAUGAGGAUAGGACACUCUGGGAGGCCGUUGGAACCUAUGUUGAAAUGAGUCCAUUCAUAUCUGCUAACAAAAUCAAGAAGCCUAUCUUGCUAAUCCAUGGGGAAGAAGACAACAAUUCGGGAACACUGACAAUGCAGUCGGAUCGUUUUUUCAAUGCACUGAAAGGUCAUGGUGCCCUUUGUCGGCUUGUGGUACUUCCGUUCGAAAGCCAUAGCUAUUCAGCUCGGGAGAGCGUGAUGCAUGUCCUAUGGGAAACCGACAGGUGGCUGCAAAAAUACUGCGUUUCUAAUUCGUCUGAUACCAGUGAAGAUCCUAAGGCACGUGAAGAGAAUGCGAGCCUAUCGAGUGUAGAGAGUAAAGCAGUUGUUGCAGGUGGAGGGGUAGCGGAGGAUUGCACGGACCAGGAAAAUGGAAAAGUCGACAUGAUACACAGAUCCUCAUUGUGGUGA